CAGGCCCCCUCUCUCGCUUCUGCCUCUGGCCUUUGCCAUGCUUAAGGGGUGCGCCUUGGAACUGGGGUGAAGGAAGGGUGCUAGGUUCCCCUGUCAUCACCCCUGUAUGUGCUGGCACCUAGAUGAGGCGUUGCCUCCCCACCUCUCUUCCCACCCUGGAGCGCCAGCCAGCUCCCCCCCAAGCCCCUCCCUCACCGCUCCAGUACCAGGAGGCGUGGCUACCCUCAGGCCUCCUAUAAAGGUGGCGGUGCCCUCCUGCUCACCAUGAAGGUGAGCCCUUGCAGGCUUCCGUCCUCCUUCCCGAGUGUCCCUGACUGCAAAGAGGCUCUUCCCAGAGCAGUUCAGCACCUGCCCGGCAUCCACAGCCUCGGGGAAGACCCCCCACACCCUCACACCAUGAUUUCUGUGUUGGGAUUCCCAGUCCCCCUCUCGGCCACCGGGCUGCUCCUGGUCUCUGCCAUCUUCUGCCUGGUGUUCUGGGUGGUUGGAACCUCAAAAUCUCAGGUUCCUAAAGGCUUGAAGAGUCUGCCGGGGCCCUGGGGAUGGCCCCUGCUGGGGCACGUGCUGACCCUGGGCAAGAACCCACACCUGGUACUGACGGAGCUGAGCCAGCGCUAUGGAGAUGUGUUUCAGAUCCGCCUGGGCUCCACACCCAUUGUGGUGCUCAGUGGCCUGAACACGGUCAAGCAGGCGCUGGUGCGGCAGGCCGACGAUUUCAAGGGCCGGCCGGACCUCUACAGCUCCUCCUUCAUCAACAACGGCCAGAGCAUAAUCUUCCGCCCAGACUCGGGGCCCGUGUGGGCUGCCCGCAGGCGCCUGGCCCAAAAUGCUCUGAGCAGUUUCUCCCUGGCCUCUGACCCCGCGUCUACCUCCUGCUACUUAGAGGAACACGUGAGCCACGAGGCCAAGCAUCUCAUCGGCAAGUUCCAGGAGCUGAUGGCAAAGACGGGGCGCUUUGACCCCUACAGGUAUGUGGUGGUGUCUGUGGCCAAUGUCAUCUGUGCCAUGCUCUUUGGCCGGCGCUAUGACCAUGACCACCAGGAGCUGCUUAGCCUCAUCAACCUGAACAAUGAGUUCGGAGAGGUGGCGGCCUCCGGAAAUCCAGCUGACUUCAUCCCACUCCUCCGUUACCUGCCAAAUCCUGCCAUGGAGUCCUUCAAGGACCUGAACAAGAGGUUCUACAGCUUUACCCAGAAGAUAGUCAAGGAGCACUACAAAACCUUCGAGAAGGGCCACAUUCGGGAUGUCACAGACAGCUUGAUCAAGCACUAUCAGGAUGACAGGCUGGAUGAGAAUGACAACAUCCAGGUGUCUGAUGACAAGAUCAAUGAGAUCGUCUUGGAUCUCUUUGGAGCUGGGUUUGAAACAGUCACCAAUGCCAUCUCUUGGAGCCUCAUGUACCUGGUGACAAACCCCGACAUCCAGAAACGGGUCCAGCAGGAGCUGGAUGCUGAGAUCGGCAGGGCACGGCCGCCUCGGUUCUCGGACCGCCCCCAGCUGCCCUACCUGGAAGCCUUUAUCCUAGAGAUCUUCCGGCACUCUUCCUUCCUCCCUUUCACCAUCCCCCACAGCACCACAAGAGACACCAGUCUAGGUGGCUUUUAUAUCCCCAAGGGGCACUGCGUCUUCAUAAACCAGUGGCAGGUCAACCAUGACCCGGAGCUGUGGGGUGACCCAUUCACCUUCCGACCCGAGAGAUUCCUCACCCCUGGUGGAGGUGCGGUGGACAAGGCGCAGACAGAGAAGGUGUUGCUGUUCGGCUUGGGCAAGCGCAGGUGCUUGGGAGAAAACAUCGGUCGCCUGGAGGUCUUCCUCUUCCUGGCCAUGCUGCUGCAGCAGCUGGAGUUCACGGUCACACCUGAUGCCAUGGUGGACAUGACCCCCAUCUAUGGGUUGACCAUGAAGCACGCCCGCUGUGAGCAUUUCCAGGCAAAGCUGCGCUUUUAGAAGGAGCACUCCCCACUGAGGUCUAGUCAGCCUGAACUCUGCCCACCUGACCAGCCUGGGCCCCAGAGCGGGUGUGGGGCAGGAUGGGGGUGACCAUGCUUCACCCCAAAACUCACAGAUCCUAGUCUAAUACCAGAGGGAUCAUGCCCAUCCCCUCUGUGGACUUGUCCCUCUGAGUGCUGACCAUGGCAGAGGCCACCCCAGGGACUGCCAGUGGAGGAAGGAGGCCCUCUGAAGAAGUCUCUGGAAGCCCACAGUGGCCCUGUGUGGGUGCUGGCUAGCUGGAGACACAGGGAGAUUAGAUCUCCAUCAGGACCUGUGCACCCUGUUUGAUGAUAGGAGACUCCUCAAGAU